UUUAACUCGUUUAAAUCUCAUCUAUUCAGAUUUUUUUAAAAGUAAGUUGACCUUUUCACUCAUUAAUAUUAUUGUUCAUUGUGUCUGAGUUUUUCAGUUUGGACUCGAAGUGUCGAUUUUUUAUUAGUCCAAACUAUGGCUAAUUUGACACGAGUUGAUUCCGUGGAGAUUGAGAUUACGAAUCGAACGCAAUCUUUUAAAGUACCAAAGGAAUUUUUAUGUUCUAAAAUCCCUUAUUUUGAAAAAAUGUUCUCAAAUGAUUAUUCUGAGUCUAAAACGUUGAAUGUGAAUUUGGAUUUGGAUGAAGAUGCUUUGAGAAACAUCCUCUAUACCGUGAUCAAUGGCUAUACUCACCUUUCGUUUGACACCGUUCUGAAAACCAUGAGCGUUGCUGAUUACCUGAUGAUGGAUAAUCUUAAAAUCCAGUGUCAUAACUUUUUCACGCAAUAUUUCACUAUUGAUCAUUUACCCUUUGUUGUUGAUUCUCUCUUGGAAAAUGAAUGUGCUUCCAGUCAUUUAAACCUGAUAAGUAAACCCAAAAUCGAUUGUUUUAUCAAACGGCAUUUUCUUAAAAUUUCGAAUACUCCAUCAUUUCUCAACUUUCCACUUAAAACUAUUGAAUAUAUUUACAGAUUGGAUGUCAUUGUUGACUCAGAGUAUCAAAAAUUCGAAGUAAUUAUGCAAUGGAUAAGACAAGAUCUAAAUGGUCGAAAGUUACUUUUAUCGAAUUUGUCUCAGUUUAUCCACUGGUCUCGCUUGAGUGCUUUUGAGAUGAGCAAAAUAAAAGCUAAUCCUUUGGUUAUGGAAAUGUCAAUAGUAUCCAAAGUAACUGAGUUCCUGAAAAAAGAUUGCGCUAAAACAAUUAAAUCAAAUGGUUCAUUCGCCAUUUUUGAACUUAAUAAUAAUGUUGAAGUUCUUAUGCUAACAAAGACAAAAUAUUGGUCGAUCUUGGCUAAAUUUGUUAGAUGUAAUGAACUUUCAACAUCUCUUUUCAUAAAUGAAUAUAUUACCGAUAUUAUUUACGAUUCCGGUAGAAAAGGCAUUCGAUUGGAUUGGGAGAAUAAAAAAUAUAUACAUCUCAGAAUGUUUGGUGGAAUGGGCUCUUAUUAUGGCCAAAUAUCAAAAUAUAUGAUGAAUUAUUAUACUGAUAUGCAGAGUGAUAUAUUUUACAUGGAUAUAAGAAACACAGCGCAUAUAAGAACGCAGAUUGUGUUAACAUCAGCUGAAUGCAUCAUUGACUCUGGAAGUCAUUUCACUGCUUUGACUCUUAUUCCCUAUGGGCCAAGUUUUUCUGUUCAGAACUCAAAUAUAGCUUGCUGUGGAACUAUUAGAAACAAAAGUGUCUUCCUUACUCCAUCCACUUCUUCGCGAUUACAUUCAUGCACGAUUCAAGAUACAAUUUAUGUACUCGACGCGACAUUUAAAUUGUUCUAUAGGAGUCCAAAAGAUCAAACUGUAAAAACUUUCAAGUUUAUUGAUGAAGACGGCUUACAUUUCCAAAGCUUGGAGCUUUUCAAUAGCAAUGGAAAGCUCAGUGUUUGUGAUAAAGCAUCGAAAAAAAUCUAUGAAUUCGAUAAACAGCUUGAAAAAUGGCGUUUCGAUUCACAGAUCGAAACAGAAAAAAAUCUAAUUGCAAUGGUAUCAACGUCAAUCAAUCUACCAAAACUCCAUCUUCAAUCUAAAAUAUAA